AUGGCUCCCAUGCUCAAGCGGAUCGUGGAGGACGCGCCCAAGAGGGCGGCGUACGCGACUUUCCUCGCCGGCUCCCGCGACUACUGGAAGGGCGUGGUGGGCCUGGCCAAGGGCCUCCGCGCCGUCAACUCCGCCUACCCGCUCGUGGUGGCCGUGCUCCCCGACGUCCCCGAGGACCACCGCCGCAAGCUGGUCGAACAGGGCUGCCUCGUCCGCGAGAUCGUGCCCGUGUACCCGCCGGAGAGACAGACCCAGUUCGCCAUGGCCUACUACGUCAUCAACUACUCCAAGCUCCGCAUCUGGGAGUUCGUGGAGUACGAGAGGAUGGUGUACCUGGACGCGGACAUCCAGGUGUUCGACAACAUCGACCUCCUGUUCGACCUCGACAACGGCAGCUUCUACGCCGUAAUGGACUGCUUCUGCGAGAAGACGUGGAGCCACACCCCGCAGUACAAGAUCGGCUACUGCCAGCAGUGCCCGGACCGGGUGGCGUGGCCUGAGCGCGAGCUCGGCGUGCCCCUGCCGCCGCUCUACUUCAACGCCGGCAUGUUCGUACACGAGCCCAGCCUCGCCACCGCCAGGGCCCUCCUCGACAAGCUCGUCGUCACCGACCCGACCCCCUUCGCCGAGCAGGACUUUCUCAACAUGUUCUUCAGGGACGUGUACAAGCCCAUCCCGCCCGUGUACAACCUGGUGCUGGCCAUGCUCUGGAGGCACCCUGAGAACGUCGAGCUCGAGAAGGUCAAGGCCGUGCACUACUGCGCAGCGGGUUCGAAGCCGUGGAGGUUCACCGGCGAGGAGGCCAACAUGGACAGAGAGGACAUCAAGAUGCUCGUGAAGAAAUGGUGGGACAUCUACAACGACGAGGGCCUCGACUACAAGGCCAGCGACGAGACCACCAACCAGCUGCUACGUGGAGCUCUUGUUGAGGCCGGCGCCGUGAAGUACUUUCCGGCACUCUCGGCCGCGUAG